UAUUGCUAUUAUCAUGAAAUUCGAAGAAGAAGGAUUCUUAUUUGCAUGGCAAUCUGCGUUGUUAUGUUAUGGUACAAGUUGCAAGAAAAUAGAUUGUCGAGGAGGUACAUCAAAUAUGGUUCUUUACUAGAAAGAGAUUUAGAAAGGGAAAGGCGUCUCAACCGUUUGUAUAAUGGGACCGAGGCUAAUUGUAUUAGUGAGUUGCGAAUGCGUAAAGCCGUUUUUCAUAGGAUAUGUGACCAUUUAAGGUCUCGUGGGUUGUUACAAGAUAGUAUGCACGUCUCUAUUGAAGAGCAGCUUGCUAUGUUUAUGAAGUUUGUUGGCCAUAGAUGGACAAAUAGGUCGGUGGCCUUUGAAUUUUUGCGUUCUGGAGAGACAGUUAGUAGAUACUUCAAUGCUGUUGUAGAUGCUCUAUGCAUUCUGUCCCGCGACGUCAUUACCAUGAGAACCACCGAGACACAUCCAAAAAUAUCCAACAGCCCAGGAAGAUUUCACCCAUACUUUAAGAAAUGUAUAGGGGCUCUGGAUGGCACUCAUAUCCCAGCAUCGGUUCCUCUAUAUAUGCAAGAUAGGUUUAGAGGUAGAAAACACUAUCCAACACAAAAUGUGUUAGCUGCCGUGGACUUUGAUCUUAGGUUCACAUAUGUCUUGGCUGGAUGGGAAGGAUCAGCUCAUGAUUCCUAUGUGCUACAAGAUGCAUUGUCACGCCCCUCAGGAUUAAAAAUUCCAGAAGGUCACUAUUUUCUAGCUGAUGCUGGUUACGCUGCUAGACCUGGUAUAUUACCUCCGUAUCGAGGUGUUCGGUACCAUCUUAAGGAGUUUCAGGGGACUAGGCGACCAGAGAAUCCAAGGGAAUUGUUCAAUCUUCGUCACUCCUCCCUUAGGACAACUGUUGAGCGGUCAUUUGGCACACUCAAAAACAGAUUUAAGAUACUAACAAGUCAGCCAUUUUUUCCUCUUAAAACUCAAGUAAAGAUAGUAUUAGCUUGCUGCACUUUGCAUAACCUUAUAUUAGACGAGGGUCCUGAUAUUUAUGUCUACGAUGAUGAGACAUGGUUUGCAACUCUUCCAAGGAGCAACCGUUCCCAUGGUGAUAUGAAUAUAGACAACCAGCUGUGGGCAAAUAUGCGCGAUCAGUUAGCCCAACAAAUGUGGGAUGAAUGGGAUCGAAAUUGAUGCAUUUGAGCCCAACAAAUGUGCGCUUGUAUUCGGAUCUAUGUACUUGUAUUGUGUGUUUGUAUUUGGAC